AUGAAUGAUAAAAAAUACCAAUGUAGCAUUCCUGAACCUAAAAAUCAAACUUUGUCUAACGAAGAACAAUUAAAAAAAAUAGAAAGUGAAUUAACAAAUUGUUAUUCAUAUAAUAAUGGGUAUUAUUUAUAUGUUCUUUGUCCAGGAAAAAAUAUAACACAAACUAGAGUACUAAAUGGAUUUACUUUAGAACGGAAUAUCCUUGGACAACGAUUAAAUUUUAUCAACUUCGAUAAAAAUUCAAUUCAAGAAAGGUAUGUUGAUGGAAGUUAUUGUUUAGGCAAAAAAGGGAAUAGAAAAACUAUUGUUGAAUAUUCUUGUUUAAUAGAGAAUGUUACUACACCAAUGGUAAUAAGUAUAACUGAGGUGGAAUGUGUAUAUCACAUUAAAUGGCAAAUUCCAGCAAUAUGUAAACACCAAUCAUUUGUUGAUUGGAAUUUACCAAAAACUAUUAGGUGUUGUGCUGAUAUUAUUCAAGAAAAUGAGACAACUAGAAAAAAAAUACAAGAAAAUGAACUACAAAAAGAUAUUGAAUUAAUGAAUAAAGAGGAAAAAUCAACAAAAUAA